AUGAGGAUGGAGAAGGCCAUCAACUGCAUCAGCCAGAAAAUAAAAGGAUACAGAGGAGGAGACUUCAAACAACAAGGAGAGAUAAUGGUGAUGGGCACGGAAGAAGAGCGUCGCUUAGAGGAACUGUUGUUGUCGUCAUCGAGCGAAGAAGAACCAGAAGAAGAAGAAGAAGAUGAGGGCAUGGGGAGAGUAGAGGGGGAUGUGCCGCAGGAUGAGAUAGAGGAGGAACCAGAACAAGAAGAAUAG